GACCGACGUACUGCAGUGAAUGUUCAACAUAAGAGUCAGCCAGUACAGUCCGCCAAGGAAAGAAUCGGGAGGUCCCCGGAGAACAUGGCAUUCUGGAGAAGAAAUACUCAUAUUGAGAAGGAACGCCGUGUGAAAGCCAAUGCGUGGGACUACAAUGACAAGUUCUCAUAUGCUGACAAUCGCAUCAAAACCUCAAAGUACAACAUCUUAACCUUCCUGCCCAUCAACUUCUUUGAGCAGUUCCAGAGGGUUGCAAAUGCGUACUUCUUAGUGCUGUCAAUACUGCAGUUAAUUCCAGAAAUUUCCUCUCUGUCCUGGUUCACAACCAUCGUGCCUUUGGUGUUGGUGCUGGUAAUCACAGCUGUCAAGGAUGCCACAGAUGACUAUUUCCGACAUAAGAGCGACCAGCAAGUCAAUAACCGGCAGUCUCAGGUUCUUCUCAGGGGAAGUUUGCAGAAUGAGAAAUGGAUGAACGUUCGAGUGGGGGAUAUCAUCAAACUAGAGAAUAAUCAAUUUGUCGCUGCAGACAUCCUCCUUCUCUGUAGCAGCGAGCCCUAUGGACUGUGCUAUAUUGAGACUGCAGAGCUAGAUGGAGAGACGAAUCUGAAAGUUCGUCAGGCUUUGACCGUCACCUCAGGUUUGGGAGAUAUUACCAAACUGAUGAACUUUGAUGGAGAGGUCGUUUGUGAGCCACCGAACAACAAGCUGGAUAAAUUCACAGGAACUUUGUACUGGGGAGGCAAUAAAUACCCUCUGGAUAAUGACAAAAUGCUGCUGCGAGGUUGUGUACUCAGAAACACUGAGUGGUGCUUUGGAAUGGUCAUCUUUGCUGGGUUGCAAACCAAACUCAUGCAGAACUCUGGGCGGACUACAUUUAAAAGGACAAGUAUUGACAAGCUGAUGAACACCUUAGUGUUGUGGAUCUUUGCCUCCCUCAUUUGUAUGGGAGUCAUUUUGGCCAUCGGAAACACUAUUUGGGAAAGCCGCAUUGGCAGAAACUUCCAGGUAUUCUUGCCCUGGGAGGGGUUUCAGAGCAGUGCUGUUUUCUCUGGCUUCCUCACCUUCUGGUCCUACAUCAUCAUCCUCAACACUGUUGUGCCCAUCUCACUGUAUGUCAGUGUGGAGGUUCUGCGGCUCGGCCACAGUUAUUUCAUUAACUGGGACGGGAAGAUGUACCACAGUCAGACGGACACUGCGGCGGAAGCUCGCACCACCACCUUGACCGAGGAGCUGGGUCAGGUGGAAUUCAUCUUCUCCGACAAGACAGGCACCCUCACCCAGAACAUCAUGCUCUUCAGCAAGUGUUCCAUUAAUGGACAGACAUAUGGUGAAGUCUAUAAUGAAUUUGAUGAGAAGGUGGAAAUUACAGAAAAAACAGCCUGUGUGGACUUUUCCUUCAACCCUCUCUGUGACAGAAAGUUUAAGUUUUACGAUGGCAGCCUGGUGGAAGCCAUUAAAUUGGAGGAUCCUACAGUGCAGGAGUUCUUCAGACUGCUGGCUUUGUGCCACACUGUCAUGCCAGAGGAGAAGAGUGAAGGAAACUUGGUGUACCAGGCCCAGUCACCUGACGAGGGCGCCCUGGUGACUGCAGCUCGAAACUUUGGCUUUGUCUUCCGGGCCCGAACCCCCGAGACCAUCACACUGUAUGAGAUGGGACAAGCUGUCACCUACCAGCUGCUGGCCAUACUGGACUUCAACAACGUGCGCAAGAGAAUGAGUGUCAUUGUGAGAAAUCCGCAGGGCAAGAUUAAACUGUACUCCAAAGGAGCUGACACUAUUAUCUUUGAACUUCUGGAUUCAUCCAGUGAAGCCCUCAUGCACACUACCUCAGAACAUCUCAGUGAAUUUGCUGGAGAAGGACUUCGAACAUUAGCCCUGGCCUACAAAGAUGUCGAUGAAGAUUAUUUUGCAGUUUGGACGAAAAGGCUUCUGUUUGCCAGCACUGUAAUUGAGAACCGCGAGGAUCAGCUGGCCGUGCUCUUCGAAGAGAUCGAGCAGGGCUUGAAGCUUCUAGGAGCCACGGCAAUCGAGGACAAACUUCAGGAAGGAGUCCCAGAAACUAUCGCCUGUUUAAAUCGAGCCAACAUCAAGAUCUGGGUCCUCACAGGAGACAAACUAGAGACAGCGAUGAACAUUGGCUACUCCUGCAACAUGCUGCGAGACGAGAUGAAUGAGGUGUUCAUCAUCUCUGGCUACACACUGCUGGAGGUGCAGCAGCAGCUCAGGAGUGCUAAAGAGCACAUUCUCGGCGUGAGUCGAGUUAUCAGUGCAGGAGAUGUUCAGACGAAAGACAUGACUGCAGAUGAUGUGUUUGAAGAAACCCUUAUUGCAGAGUAUGCCUUAGUCAUCAAUGGACACAGUUUGACUCACGCUUUGGAGCCACAGCUGGAGCACGUCUUGCUGGACGUGGCCUGUUUGUGUAAAACAGUCAUUUGCUGCCGGGUCACUCCGAUGCAGAAAGCCCAGGUGGUGGAGUUGGUGAAGAGGCACAAGAAGGCCGUCACUCUGGCCAUUGGAGAUGGAGCCAAUGAUGUCAGCAUGAUCAAGA